GGUUUCUUCAUUUGAAGUUACCCAGUUUUAUCAGGACAGCUAUCUCGGGAAGCACGCGCAUACUCACAAUCAGUCUAUAAGGCUGAGUAUGCGCGUGCUUCCCGAUCUGACAGGACUACCAGCUACCGCAAAGUCAAACAAAUAUCACGUCAGCCGAUAUUAUAAGGACUUUGUUCUUGUUCUCAACGCAGUGAAAUUCACAUCUGCUGAAGAAUUCACGAAAGGCAAUGCUACUUACGUCGUCCCUGGCGAAGAGUGGACUAGCAUGCAAUCAUUGGCUAAAACUGUUCUGCCUGGACUUGGAAACAGUUACACCGCUAUCAUCAUAGCAACGAUGCUGUUGCCACUGACAAGGCACGAACGAAGCUGCGAUCACAUCUGAAAUGGACGAAGCGACUGGAUCACCAUCCGCAGUCAGUUGUAAGUACAAGCAUUCUUUGAAGGACCAGAAAUUAACAUGCCCGUAGACUUGCUUCCAUAUAACAGAACGAAAUAUUCAGAUGUCAUGCCUGAUGCGUCUAAACUUGGCUUCUGCAUACUCUAUUUCGAGGGAAUUAACAGUGUCGUGCGGAAUGCUAAAAAAAGAUUUGUCUCAAUACCUGUGCGGUCGCUGACAAAUACCACAUCGUUCACUGUACGACUGAAGUUGAAGGAGAUGUCACGGAUAACGCUGAAAAAGUCAAGAUUAGCAAUGGAAGCCCCGUUGAGUUCAAAAUGGUUUGCAUCUCGAAGCUGUCACGGGAGAACGCGGCCUUGUCAUCUCUUGGUCUCUCAUUCUACUAUUCCUUCCUUUAGGCGCAUGACUGCUGCAAAGUACAGUGCAGAUUUUGCAAACCGAAAAGCCAAGAGAUAUCAACAAUCUCUGCGCUUCAAUGUCAACGAUCUCCGCAGCAUCGUCGCUUAG